AUGCGAGUAGCUACCGUUUGUCCGAUUAACAAAACAACAAUUGAACCUGAUCGAAAACGACAUGAGUGGCGGUCAAUUAUACAAGAAUUCGCUCUCAAUACAUCAACUCAUGGUAUUCCAGGCAUUGCACGAAGUCAAAUAAGCGAAUGGCCACAAAAUUUUCCAGCAUUUACUAUUUGCAAUGUUGCACGUAUCCGUUAUGAUCAAUUCAUUAUACCAUUUUUGAACUAUACAAAUGAAUUGAAUAUCACUAACACAAAUGACACAACAUCAUUUUCAUUACUACAAGCCAAAUAUGUUAAUGAAUUUUUUCGAGUAAAAGUCAAUCAAAAUGAGUCGUUAACUAGGUUUUUCUUUCCCUUGAGUUCAAUGCUUAUUAAAUGCGUCUUUAAUGGUAAGCUUUGUUCAGCAUCCGAUUUUACUUCGUUUUCUUCAUCUUCGUAUGGUCUUUGCUAUACAUUCAAUGCCAAAUUGAAGAAUAUGACGGAUGUUCGUAAAAGCAAUGAAUAUGGUGGAUCUGGUAAACUCGAGCUAAGUUUCUAUGUACAUAGUCAUCAAUAUGUACCUUAUACUACAGAGGACAUCGGUAUGAUAGGAAUGGUACAUGAUAAUACACAAUUUCCUAUGAUUGAAUUUGCUGGUAGAGCAUUGGUCACGGGUUUCAAACAUCGAAUGACAUAUGCAAAGAAGACUAUUUUCUAUUUGCGUGCACCUUACACGACAUGUAAUGAUGAGAUACCACCGACUAUGCAAGCGAUGUUUGAUAGUUAUCCAGAUGUCGAAUAUGUUUACUCAGAAGAUUUAUGCUAUGAUCUAUGCACAGAAGUUUACACGUAUUAUACGUGUGGUUGCAUCGAUCCAAAACAAUGGAAUGCUCGCUCAAUUCUUCUACCACAAACUGACACAAUAAUCGUAGCUCCAUUAUGUAACAUAUCUGAUACAUGUCAUACUCAAGCAGCUAUUGUUCUGAUGAAUUCAUCAACUUUACUUGAAAAAUAUUGUUCCUAUUGUUCACAGCAAUGUUCAAUUACAGAUUUUAUUGUCAAAUCAUCAAUGUGGAAAGCACCAGCCGAUUGGUUAAUGAAUGAUAUAAAAACUUUUGUCAAAAACUCCGGAAUUUUAUUACCUAAGGAUUGGUCAACUAAUUGGCAUUCACAUAUUCAUUCUAAUUAUCUCUCUAUCGAAUUAGUACAUGAAUCGAUUUUGGUCGAAAACUAUACACAAAUACCAGCAAUGGGACCUGUGACAGUUCUAUCAGAUGUUGGCGGUCAAACAGGUCUUUGGAUUGGUAUCAGUUUUUUAUCUUUGCUAGAAGUCGCAGAAAUGUUCUAUCGAUUAAUGCAAUAUCAGUACUAUGCUAUUCAAGAAGCCAUAAGAACGUGUAUUAAGAGAAAUUGA